AUGGUGACGACAAUUGUGGAGGAGCCGGUUGGUGUUGAUCGAGCUGGUGAUCCGGUUUCUGAUAUGGAUCCAACUCCAGUAGACAAGUCCGCCCCAAUUUUCGUCGCCGGCCACCGUGGCCUUGUGGGCUCCGCCGUGGUUCGCAAGCUCCAGUUUCUGGGCUACACCAAUGUCCUCCUCCGUACCCACUCGGAGCUUGACCUCACCAUCCAAUCCGCCGUUGACGACUUCUUCGCCUCCCAAAAGCCCUCCUACGUAAUCCUCGCCGCCGCCAAGGUCGGCGGCAUCCACGCCAAUAACACCUAUCCCGCCGACUUCAUCACCAUCAAUCUCCAAAUUCAGACCAAUGUAAUUACCUCUGCCUUUAAACACAAUACUAAAAAACUCCUCUUCCUCGGCUCGUCCUGCAUUUACCCCAAAUUCGCCCCCCAACCCAUCCCUGAGAACGCACUCUUGACCGGCCCGUUGGAGCCGACCAACGAAUGGUACGCAAUCGCCAAGAUUUCUGGGAUAAAAAUGUGUCAGGCAUUUCGUCUUCAACAUUCAUUUGAUGCGAUUUCAGCAAUGCCAACGAAUUUGUACGGCCCCAAUGACAACUUUCACCCCGAGAACUCCCACGUUUUGCCCGCGUUACUACGCAGGUUUCACGAAGCCAAAGUAAAUAAUGUAGCGGAAGUAGUGGUGUGGGGGAGUGGGAAGCCAUUGCGCGAGUUUCUGCACGUGGAUGAUUUGGCGGAUGCUGUGGUGUUUUUGAUGGAGAACUAUAGCGGAUUGGAUCAUGUGAAUGUGGGGAGUGGGAAGGAGGUGAGCAUAAGAGAGCUAGCAGAAUUGGUGAAGGAUGUGGUGGAAUAUAAAGGGGAGAUUGUUUGGGACUCGAGUAAGCCUGAUGGCACUCCAAGGAAGCUCAUGGAUAACUCAAAGCUUGCAGAGAUAGGGUGGGAGGCCAAGAUCUCUCUCAGGGAUGGACUUAAGGAUACCUAUAAAUGGUACUUGGAAAAUGUUGUCAACCAGCAAUAG